AUGAAAGCCACCAGUGCCUACGCCCUCCUGUCCCUCGCUCUGCUGGGCGAGGCAUGCCUGCUCCCCCAUGAGGCUGCCGGCCGCAAGAUCACCCGCCGUCAGGCGACGAGCAACAACACGGGAUUGGCUAUUGGAAGAGGCGACCGUUUCGAGGGCGGCAAGAAGUUUCCCCGCGGCCUCGGCACCCAACCCAGCGGCACCAACCUCAAGACCAUCCUCAACGUCAAGGAGGUCCAGAGCGCUGUCCGCGGCCUCGUCAACGAGUAUGGCAUUGAGUACUUUGAGGCGCCGUACAAGACGUACGAGAACGCUACCGUCUUUGGUGCCAAAGUUGGCGGCGCUGGAGGCAAAUGCAACGACGCCUACCGCGUCUACCUCAACGGCGCCAUCCACGCCCGCGAACGCGGUUCUUCCGAUAACAUCAUCUACUUCAUCUCCGACCUGUUGUACGCCGACAAGCACAACACGGGGCUGACGUACGGCGGUCGGACAUACACCAACGCUGACGUCAAGCGCGCCCUCGCGACGGGUAUCAUCUUCACGCCGCUGAGCAACCCGGACGGUGUGGCAUACGACCAGGCGACGGGUAGCUGUUGGCGCAAGAAUCGCAACCCGGCGUCGGCCAAGGGCGACCCGGAUGCGGUGGGCAUCGACCUCAACCGCAACUUUGACUUCCUCUGGGACUACAUGAAGGAUUUUGCCCCGUCCGUGGGCCCCAACGUUGCUUCAGACGACCCGAUCUCCGAGACCUUCCACGGCACGGCUCCGUUUUCCGAGGCCGAGACGAAGAACAUCAAGUGGGUGGUGGACGAGUACAAGCAGGUGCAGUGGUUCCUCGACGUGCACUCCUACACCGGCACGGUGCUGUACAACUGGGGCAGUGACGAGAACCAGCUGUCGAAGCCGUACAUGAACUUCAUGAACGAGUCGUACAAUGCCGCGAGGGGUCUGAUGCCGGACACCCCCGCCGAUGGCGGCAUUUACGGCGAGUACUUGCCGAGCAAGGACUGGUCGGACAAGGUUUUCGCCGCGACCAGAAUGGUGAACGCCAUGGACGCGGCUGUCGGCCGUCACCACGAGGUGCAGCAGAGCGCGUACCUCUACCCGACUUCGGGUGCCAGCGACGACUGGGUCUUCUCGCGUCACUUCGUGGACCCUUCGGCGAAGAAGAUUCACGGUUUCUGCGUCGAGUUUGGAUUCGGCAACAACGAGGCGGACUGCCCAUUCUACCCGAACCGUGACCAAUACCACUGGAACCUGCUCGAGACGAACUCUGGCUUCAUGGAGUACAUUCUUGCGGCGUCUGAAAUUGGCGUCGGCGAGCCUUCUACCUGUGCUUAA